CUCUACUGUUUAGAAACCAGCUUUUCUCUUAUCGAACGCUUGAAGUGAAAAAAAGGACGGAGUUUACUGUUUUCUCUUCAGAAAUGGAGAUCGGGACCGGUCGAAUCGGUUCGAGCUCUAAAGAAGACCAGAAAAUUUAUCAGGAGUGGUUUAACUUUGCUGAUUCUGAUAAUGAUGGACGCAUUACUGGAAGUGAUGCAAUCAGAUUUUUCGGCAUGUCAAAUUUAUCGCGACCAGAUCUCAAGCAGGUGUGGGCAACUGCGGAUUCUAGAAGACAGGGAUAUCUUGGUUUCAAAGAAUUUGUCUUUGCUAUGCAGCUGGUUUCGCUGGCGCAAGAAGGCCGGCAAAUAUCACAUGAUCUCAUGAAUGGCGAUGUUGACUUUGAGAAUGUCAAACCUCCUGUAAUGGAAGGCUUGGAUAUAUUACUCAUGAGAAAGAAACAAUCUUCAAAGUCGAGUGCCCUUGAAAGCAACGGUAGUUCUUCAACGGAAACAUCACCUGCAGCUCAAUGGUUUUCUUCAAAAUCAUCAAAGAAGCAGAUAUCUUUGACGUCUGUGACUUCAGUUAUAGACGGCUUAAAGAGACUGUACCUUCAGAAGCUGAAGCCUUUAGAAGUUGCAUAUCAUUUUAAUGAUUUUGUAUCCCCAUUGUUGACAAAUAGCGAUUUUGAUGCCAAACCAAUGGUUAUGCUUUUGGGUCAAUACUCCACUGGGAAAACAACCUUCAUUAAACAUUUGCUUAAGACUAGCUAUCCAGGAGCACACAUCGGGCCUGAACCAACGACUGACAGAUUUGUCGUUGUUAUGUCGGGAACUGAUGAAAGAAGUGUUCCAGGGAACACUAUUGCUGUCCAGGCAGAUAUGCCAUUCAGUGGUCUCACUCGUUUUGGAACUGCAUUUUUGUCGAAGUUUGAGUGUUCUCAAAUGCCACAUCAUCUGUUGGAGCACAUAACAUUUGUAGAUACUCCUGGAGUGUUAUCAGGAGAAAAACAACGAACACAACGAGCCUACGAUUUUACAGGUGUAACAUCGUGGUUUGCUGCAAAAUGUGAUCUUAUUCUUCUUCUGUUUGAUCCUCACAAGUUGGAUGUAAGUGAUGAAUUCAAGCGUGUUAUAUAUUCUUUGCGUGGUCACGAUGACAAGAUCCGUGUGGUUUUGAACAAGGCAGAUCAAGUUGAUACGCAACAAUUGAUGAGGGUAUAUGGAGCCUUAAUGUGGUCACUCGGGAAAGUCCUUAAUACCCCAGAGGUUGUGCGCGUAUAUAUAGGUUCAUUCAAUGACAAGCCUGUAAAUGAAGCAGCAACAGGUCCAAUUGGGAAAGAGUUGUUCGAAAAAGAACAAGAGGACCUUCUUUCUGAUCUGAAAGAUAUUCCGAAGAAGGCUUGUGAUCGUCAAAUAAAUGAGUUUGUGAAGCGUGCUAGAGCUGCCAAGAUACAUGCUCAUAUCAUCGGUCAUCUUAAGAAGGAAAUGCCUUCUAUGAUAGGGAAAGCAAAAACUCAACAGAAACUAAUCGAUAAUUUGGAAGCUGAAUUCGGAAAAGUUCAAAGAGAUCAUCACCUACCACCAGGGGAUUUUCCAAAUGUGGAACAAUUUAGGGAGGUUUUGAGUGGUUACAACUUCGACAAAUUCGAGAAACUAAAACCUAAAAUGAUUCAAGCUGUUGAUGACAUGUUGGGUUAUGACAUCCCCGAACUUCUGAAGACAUUCAGGAAUCCCUAUGAUUAAUUGACCGACACUAAUUUCUCGGUAUGCAGAACAUGAUCAAAAUUGGAUUUGCUCAACAAAAACAUUAAUUCUACAUUAAGCAAUAUUGAGCCAGAUUCGUCUUGGUUGCAUCUUUAUUAGCCCCAAGAUCUGUUCUUUAGUUGGUGACUUUUCAUAAAUAUGGUAAGCCACAAUGUUCCUUAUUGAGUUGACAGAUCAAAGAUCUUGUGG